AUGCGCUACAGCCGACUCGCUACGUGUGAGGCGGAAGCGGACGAGGCAACGGCUCUCCUCCGCGACGCACAAUCUUCUGGAUCCAUGGGAGACGAAGUGAACCUGGAGAGCGGCUCAUCCGGCGACGAGGUCCAUCUUCUGCCAGCCCCAUCCGUGUCCGGCUCACGCUGCGGCAUGAUGGGAUGCUGUUCGUCAUUAUUUGGCCGUCGUCGUGUCCUCCAUUCGCGAACAGUCCGGAUCGGAUAUGGCCCCCUACUCACCGGCGCGGGCUCAUUUUCUCCGAACGUCGUCUGCAACCAGAAAUAUAACAUAUUUAGCUUUAUCCCACUGGUCUUAUUUCAACAAUUCAAAUUCUUCCUCAACCUCUACUUCCUACUGAUGGCCUGUACACAAUUCAUCCCGGCGAUCCAGAUCGGCUCGCCAAUCACGUAUUGGGGGCCUUUGGGCUUUGUAUUGACCAUUACACUGAUCCGAGAAGCGCUUGACGAUUUCGUCCGCUUUAUUCGUGACAAGGAGAUGAAUGGCGAGAGAUAUGAAAGACUGACGCGGGAUGGACUGAGAAAAGAGAUCAGAAGCUGCGAUAUCCAAGUCGGUGAUGUCAUCGUCGUCCACAAGGACCGGCGAAUUCCGGCUGACGUUGUGUUGCUGAGAACGACGGAAAAGUCUGGCGCCUGCUUUAUUCGAACCGAUCAACUGGACGGAGAAACUGACUGGAAAUUGAGGGUGGCAGUGCCGGCGACGCAACAUGUACAUAAUGAAGCUGACAUCAUGGAGCUGAACUGUGAGAUCUACGCUGAGAAGCCGCAAAAAGACAUUCACGCCUUCGUCGGAACCUACAAGAUCACGAACGAGGACGGGACGGUUGAUGGAUCGCUGAACGUUGAAAAUGUGCUCUGGUCUAAUACAGUCUUGGCUUCCGGAACCGCUGUUGGAGUUGUGGUCUACACUGGUCGCGAAACCCGUUCCGUCAUGAACACAACGUUGCCCGAAUCGAAAGUUGGACUGCUCGACCUCGAAGUUAACAACCUGACCAAAAUCCUCUUCCUGUUCGUCGUCGUGCUUUCGGCGGUGAUGGUGGUCAUGAAGGGGCUGGACACCUAUUGGUAUCGCUAUUUGAUGAGGUUCAUCCUUCUCUUCUCCUACAUCAUCCCGAUCUCACUGCGCGUCAACUUGGAUAUGGCCAAGCUUUUCUACUCUUGGCAGAUUGGCCGCGAUAAGCACAUUCCCGACACGGUCGUCCGUUCAUCUACCAUUCCCGAAGAGCUGGGCCGCGUGAGCUACUUGCUGAGUGACAAGACUGGAACGUUGACGAAGAACGAGAUGCAUUUCAAGAAGAUUCACUUGGGCACCGUCUCAUUCUCAUCGGACGCUUUUGAAGAAGUGGCCAAGCACGUGCUCAGCGGCUACGCGGGAAGGACCGGAAAACACUCGUUCAGCGCCAAGUUGCAGACGGCUGUUGAAGCCAUCGCCCUCUGCCACAAUGUGACGCCGAUUUUCGAGCACGGCCGUACGAGCUACCAGGCGGCCAGCCCCGAUGAGGUGGCCCUCGUGAAAUGGACGGAACAAGUCGGCGUUCGCCUCUACACCCGCGAUCUGCAAACGAUUCGACUGCAACUGCAAGAUGGCACUGAACGGUUGUACCACAUUCUGCAUCUUUUCCCGUUCACCUCGGAGACGAAGCGGAUGGGCAUUAUUAUCAGGGAUGAUACUACUGACGAAAUCACGCUCUACAUGAAGGGAGCCGACACCGUCAUGGCAGAGAUGGUUCAGUACAAUGACUGGCUGGAAGAGGAAUGCAGUAAUAUGGCGCGUGAAGGACUCCGCACUCUUGUUGUGGCCAAGAAAGUGCUUUCCCUUGCUGAAUACGAGGCUUUCGACAAGGCUUACCACCAGGCCAAGAUGACGGUCAGCGAUCGAACGGAAAACAUGGGCAACGUCGUGAAUCGGAUGCUGGAGAAAGAUCUGCAACUGUUGUGCUUGACUGGUGUCGAAGACAGGCUUCAGGACCAAGUGACGACCUCCUUGGAGUUGCUCCGCAACGCUGGCAUCAAAAUCUGGAUGUUGACCGGCGAUAAGCUGGAGACGGCCAUCUGCAUCGCCAAGUCGAGCGGGCUAUUCAGCAAGGCGGACACGGUUCACGUAUUCGGACAGGUCCAAAACCGAACCGAGGCUCACAAUGAACUGAACGCCUUGCGACGAAAAAGCGACGUGGCCCUGGUCAUGUCCGGAGCCGCGCUGAAUGUCUGUCUGCAAUACUAUGAAGCUGAGGUUGCCGAGCUGGUGUGCGCCUGUACGGCCGUCGUCUGUUGCCGCUGCUCACCGGAACAAAAGGCUCAAAUUGUGCAGUUGUUGAAGAAGUAUCGUGCCCCGCUGCGUGUCGCUGCCAUCGGUGACGGUGGAAAUGACGUAUCGAUGAUUCAGGCGGCCCACGCUGGCAUAGGCAUUGACGCCAACGAAGGAAAACAAGCUUCCCUUGCCGCCGACUUCUCCAUCACCCAAUUCUCGCACGUCUGCCGCCUGCUGCUGGUACACGGACGCUUCUGCUACAAACGAUCAUGUGCGCUGUCCCAGUUCGUCAUGCACCGUGGCCUGAUCAUCUCCACGAUGCAAGCCGUCUUCUCCUGCGUCUUCUACUUUGCCUCCGUCUCGCUGUACCAGGGUGUCUUGAUGGUUGCCUACUCGACCGCCUAUACCAUGUUGCCCGUCUUCUCGCUCGUCGUCGACCGUGACGUGACCGCCUCGAACGCGCUCACGUACCCGGAACUGUACAAGGAGCUGGGCAAGGGCAGAUCGCUUUCCUACAAGACGUUCUGCAUUUGGGUGCUGAUCAGUUUGUAUCAAGGAGCCGUGAUAAUGUAUGGUGCGUUGCUGGUGUUCGACUCUGACUUCAUCCACGUCGUCUCUAUCUCAUUCUCGGCCCUCAUCCUGACGGAGCUGAUCAUGGUUGCGAUGACGGUCCACACCUGGCAUUGGGCUAUGUUACUUGCACAGGCGCUUUCCCUCGGUCUCUACGUGGCGUCACUGUUGAUAUUGGACUCGUACUUCGACCGCCAAUUCGUCACCACCUGGGGAUUCCUGGCGAAGACCUCGUCCGUGACGGUCAUCUCCUGCCUUCCCCUCUACAUCAUCAAGGCGUUGCGGCGAAAGUUCAGCCCGCCCAGCUACGCUAAAGUUAAU